AUGCCUUUCACCGGAAGGUAAGCUUCCCUCCCUCCGAGCGCAGCGCGACGGCGACGUUCUUCGGAUACCCGCGGCUGCUGCUCUUGUCCAUUAGCCGUCAGCGCCCAGCAGACGACGACGACGACGACGACGACGACGACGACGACGUGUGCUAACCACCACCGCGACAGCGACAUCAUCAAGAUCAUCCUCGCCAUCCUGCUCCCACCGCUCGGUGUCUUCCUCGAGCGUGGCUGCGGCGCCGACCUCCUCAUCAACAUCGUCCUGACGUACGUUUUCUCCCUCUCCUCCCAGCCACCGUGUAUAUCACCACCAAUCAACGUGCUGACAUGAUACAAACAGUUGCUUGGGUUACAUCCCCGGUAUCAUCCACGCGCUGUACAUCAUCCUCAAGUACUAG